GCCGCUCUCAGACUUCUCUCUGUGACAGGUCGGAUCUGGUUAUUUUGCAUCGAGCUCUGCUGAUUCUGGGCGUGCGCCUUUUCUUCCGUGUUACUUGUCGGCGAAGUUGCGCGCUAAACAGAUACGAGGAACGCGAAAACGCUCCCCCUGAGAAUGCCGCUGCACCGGUACACUCAUGCCAUCCUGUGCAGGAUCCCGCUAUCGCUACGCACGCGGGGCGAAGUGACACUGGACGAAGCGAGGACACAGCACUUGGCUUUAGCGCAGCUCCUGCGUGAGCUUGACAUUGACGUCGUGGAAAUGCCGCCGGACGAAAACUCACCGCUCUGUGUCUUCGUCGAAGACGUCGCCGUUGUCUGUAAUGGCAUCGCCCUGAUCGCUCGGCCGAAUGAACCAUCACGUCUCAAGGAGCUUGAUACUAUCAGAGCUGUCUUGAAAAAAGAAUUAGAAAUACCACUCAUUGAAAUAAGCGACAAGAAUGCUCGCCUAGAUGGUGGAGAUGUCCUUUUCACUGGUAGAGAAUUUUUUGUUGGACUAUCUCACUUUACAAACGAGGCAGGAGCACGAGCAGUUGCUGCAGCAUUUCCAGAAUAUCCUUGUGUGCCUAUCAAGGUGGGUGAUGGUGGCGAAGAGGUGAUAGUGGAGAGUCUUACCUCAGCCCCUCUUCAGGUGGCCGAGUCCAAACGCUUGAAAACACUGGUUACGAUGGCCGGCCCGGAUGUUAUAUGUGUAGGAGCUGGAAAAGAAUCUCAAGAAGUCCUCAAGAGGAUCGAACGAGAGGCGACGUACAAUUACCAAACAUUGACUGUGCCCGAAGAUGCAGCUGCCAACGUGCUGUACGUGAAUGGCACACUCAUUCAUCGAUCGGAAAACGAGAUCCCGCAAUCGAGUAAGGUGUUUGCCGAGAAAGUCGAAUUCCCGACCAGAUCGCUGCAUAUGUCCGAAUUAGCGAAAGUCAGCUCAGGUUUGUCCUCAUGUUGCUUAUUGGUGCGUAGACCGCGACAUAUUCGCAGCAUUUAAACAGUGAUAAGAUCUACACUUUGCGAUUUAUCACGCUAAAACAUCGCGAAAACGAGACGUAUAUUCAAGUUCUCUUUCCGUUUUUGUUUACCGAAUCCGUGGAAAAAUACAGUGAACAUGCAAAACAUGACAUAACGUUAACGUAUAAUGACAUUACUCCGAUAAUUUGAUAAAUAUUCUUUUUUUUUUGUAA